AUGAUUGAUGCUACAAUCGAUGUUCAAGGCGGGGAUCAUCUGUCUUCACCCCCGCCCUCCGGCCCGAUCAAGCGUCCGAGCGGCAACAGAAAUGGCCGACGAAACCAAGCUGCCUGCGACUUUUGUCAUACCCACAGAGUGAAAUGUGAUUCGGGAUCUGCAUUAUCAUGCUCGCGUUGCCUGCGCAAAGGAAUCCACUGCGUGUUCACGCGCCAGCGACGAAAAAGAGGUCGUAUGUCACGCCGCGAGCUUGCUGACAUGGAGGAGACUUGCCUCUCCAUCAGUGGUAAAGAGGCAAAACAAGCCGAGGCCGAAUUCAACCCCAUGUCACCACCAAGCUUGAGUCAUGCCACCUUGAGUCCAACUACAUCACCAUGGUCACCAGUAACAAACGAAGUGGAUAUGUUCUUGGAACUUUAUACUGAUUCUGGUCAGUCCAUGCCAGAUGAAUCUCAACCGUGGGAAGCAAAGAUGAUCCAUACCCCGGAGGAAGCGACAUCGCCUGUCUAUCCGACCGUGGAUUCGCCUGGGCUAAGUACAGAAAGCCUUGCUUCUCUGCCACCAUUACCAGAAAUAGGCGACCCCGUCGAGAUUGUAUUCCACAGUCCGAUUCAAGAGCCCGCAACAAUUUCAAUAUCAUCACCAACCAGCUACUUGAGCCCGGGAAAUCAAUCAAUCUCACGACCCGUCCUGAAAUACCCCAUCUUGAACAAGAUCUCCUCGUUGGUCGAGAGGCACCUUUCUCCUCAGGCGAUGUGCCAUCUGCUCGAAUCAUAUUUCACUUGCGCCUUUCCAAACCACAUUCAUGGCAUGUAUCGCCACAAUAAUGGCUGUAUCUUGCGCGAGAACUCCUUUCUGAGCCAUGAAUUCCGACCGACCGACCCUUCCCUUUUGACAAGUAUGCUUUGGAUUGCUGCAAUAGAUGACCGGGCCCUCUCUUUAUUCAAAUCAUCCUCGCAACAAAGCCGCGUGUGCCGCUUUCUCAGAAAUUUGACAAUGACCUUGUUACAAAUAUCGACGACUGCUCCACCAAACUCUCAAAGAAAUGCAGACUAUAGUCUGAUACAAUCAGAUGCUUCGUUGGAUCAUGUAAUUACUUAUAUACAUGUUGCCUGGAUCACCUAUAUGGAACAAAACGAGGCAAGUAGCCGAUGGUGGAAGGCGGGUCUGGCUUUAGCCCGACGCCUCAAAUUAAACCAGGAGACAAAGGAAAUCCCGAAUGCCGACAAUAUGACCAAGGAUUCUCAAGAAUACAAUGAUCAGAUCCAGCUAGAUGGACUAGACAACACGGAACCAUUUCACCAUGACAACACACAACCAGCUUUCGAUUGCAUACGCGAUAAAUACUAUAGAACGAAACAAUCCGUUAUGACAGAAGAGCACCGCGAAGAGCGAAGGCGAACAUGGUGGAUGCUAUAUAUCAUGGAUCGACAUUUCGCAUUUUCCCACAACCACCCGCCGAAUAUUCUCGAUGAAGAAUGUAGGAACUUAUUACUUCCACUCAAUGAAGAUUCAUGGCAGGCUGCACCCAUCAAGAGCAAUGACUUGCAUUCACAGGGCCUUCAAUCAUUCCAUACAGGGUCCCAAACAAAACGCCAGGCCUUUCCUGAUUAUAGUUGCCGUGGCUAUUCCAUUUUUGGAUUUCUUCUUCCGCUUACGACAAUCACGGGGCAAGUAAUGAGGCUUAGGUCUGUGUGUUCGCAGGGAAACGAAGAAUAUGAAGUUCAAGCGGCAGAAGUUAUAAGCCGUCUUGAGAUCUACCAGACCAGUUUGCCUACACCAAUGGUGGAUUUACCGUCUUUGACUGUUGACUGGAAAACCACCAACAAAGCUGUUAGCCUGCAACUAUCAAAGUACUCCUGGCGAGCUGGAAUAGUGGCCCUGUACGCGUCAUACUUUGUCCAAGUUCUCUAUAUACUCAUAGUGGGCAAAUGGGAUUGGUUAUUUCUAGUUGAAGAAAAGGAGUUCUGGACUUCUCCAGCCUUCUCAUCCACGAUAUCUCACACAUUGCAAGCAACUUCUUGGUUGAAAAAGAUUCUGGAAUUCGACCCAGACAUGAGCUUCAUGCCAUAUUUCUUCAACAUCCAGUUAUUGCACGGAAGUUUUCCGGUCCUUUUGAUUGUUGAGCGUCUGCAAAGGAUGUCCGGAGAAGACAUUCUGAAUGCAUGUGAGAUUAUUCUCCGAGCCACUGAAUCAUGCCUUGUCACAAGAAGCACGGAUCACCAAAGAAGUUUCCGACAAUUGAUGCGUGGCGCAGUUGCACAGGCUCGAGGCCGCCCUGUAAGUGCUAGCGAGAUUCAAAGACGUCGAAAAGCGGUAUUUGCACUAUACCUGUGGAUGCGACGGGCGCCGACGGGGUCAUCCAAGUCGACUGCUUCUUUUUAA